CAAGGACGAGGGGACAAAAGGGGAAAAAGAGAGAGCAAAGAAAACAGAGAGAGAGAAAGAAGAAAAACAGAGUGACUUAGAGGGAGAGAUGAAACCAAGUCAAUUCAGUUUUGAAUUCCAACCACUCCACCCAUCUUGAUUCCUCUUUGUUUCACCAAAUCCCACAGUUUUAAAACCCUAUUUUUAAAAGCCAUCUCUCUCUCUCACAAUACAAUAAACCAUCCAUGUCUAGUUUUCCCACAAUCUCAUCAUUGUCGCGUUGCUUAAUCUCUAUCCUCUGAUCCUAACGCACACACCCUCCCCCUUUGCUUCAAUUCCAAUCCUCCAACCAUAAUCAUUCCCCUCUCUCCAACAACAAAACAAAAAUCCAUUCCUAUUUAUUCAGUACCCAUUCUGCGACAGUCACACCUCUGCUUCCGUGUUCAUCCAAUUCAACCCCGGAGAGGCGUUGAAUUGAACCCCAUCAGGAAAAGUCACAAACUUGGGAGGAACAAAAUCAUGGGGGUUCAGAAAGACAGAGUGAAAUUCAACGUGGGAGGCAGGGUGAUGGAAACAACAUCCACAACACUCGCCAAUGCAGGGCGCAAUUCAAUGUUCGGGGCAAUGUUCGACGAGAAUUGGAACCUGAUAACAAACACCGAGAGCGAGAGGUUCAUCGAUCGCAACCCGGAUUGCUUCGGGGUUCUCCUCGAUCUGCUCCGAACCGGCGAACUCCACGUCCCACCCAACAUCCCCGAGAAGCUCUUGUACAGGGAGGCCCUCUACUACGGUCUCUUGGACCACGUGCGCGCCGCCAAGUGGGGCCCGUUCGACGGUAACAGAUUAAGGUUGUCAUGCUCUAUGCAGGGCCAGGCACCGGGUGAUGGGACAGCCAUACGGGCUGGCCCUGAUGGUGGAUGUUGUGUCGCACAUGGCAGCAUGGUUCAUGUGUAUGAUUGGAUGUUAGAAGAACACCCUCCUCUUAAUCUUGAUUACCAGAGGGUUAAUGAUGUUGGUUGGGUUGACUCCGACAACGUUGUAAUUGGAGUCAGCGAGCGUCUUGGGAGGGGUGAUGGUGGGAUGGGGUUGUUCAGUUCUCAUACUGGGGAGCUUAGGUAUAAGUUUCAUGUCUGUCAUGAGAAUCAGGUUAAGAGUUACACUGCUGGGGCUUUGAGUUUUAGUUCGGACUAUAAGAUUUUUUCUAGUUGUAAAGGGAGGAGUAAUGAAUAUGGGGUUGGGGUUUGGGACCAGGUUACUGGGAAGCAGAUUGAUUUUUUCUACGAGCCUUUGGGGUGGUCUCUUGGGGAUGCUGAUAAGCUUCAGUGGUUGGAAGGGAGCAACUGUUUGUUGGUUGCUACUAUGUUUCCUAGGAAGGACAACUGUUACAUUAGUCUUCUGGAUUUCAGGGAGAAGAGGAUGGUGUGGUGUUGGUCUGAUGUGGGGGCUCCUUUUGCCGUGGAUGAGAAACGGGUGAGGGAUGCCAUUGCCAUGGAGGACAAUAGUUCCAUUUGUGUGGUCAAUGAGUUUGAGGAUUUGGGGUUUAUGGAUUUGAGGAGUUCUGCUGCCACCAGCAUAAGGUGGAGCUCAAGGAGUAGGUUGAUGAAGGGGAAGAUGCCGGAGGAACCUUGUUACCCCAAAUUGGCACUGCAUGCGGGGCAGCUUUUUUCCUCCAUGAAUGAUUGCAUUUCGGUGUUCUGUGGUCCUGAGUGGGUUUUGACUUCAAGGCUCAGACGGAGCUAUGGUGGUUCCAUUUGUGAUUUUUCCAUCGGAGGGGAUAGACUUUUUGCGCUUCAUAGUGAGGAGAAUGUGUUUGAUAUAUGGGAGACUCCGACACCACCAAUUAUAUGAUUUGUUUAGUUUAAGGUUACUUCUUAGUUUGCUAAAUACCAGACUGCUUCUGGUUUUCUAGAUAGUGUACUGUUGAGUCUUAAAACUUGUAUAUACGAGAUUGAGUAGUUUGUAUGACUUGGCAGUUGGCAUACAUGUAGGUUUACCUAUACUGAAGGUGCAUGUAAUAGGGUAUGUGCAUAUCUACAGAAGAAAGAUAAUAUAUGGUUUGCUUAUUUUCUGUUUUUUGUGA